CUUGAUGGAAAGUUUUAAUAAACAAACAUCAAACAAGGAAUUAUUUGCUACAGAGCAUAUUAACAAUGAUGCUGACAUUGAAACAUACUUUGAAGAAUCAUUCCAGUGUAAUAAAGAAAUAAAUGAUUUAUGUGCCAAUAUAGAACUAAUAUCUUUGAAAAAAAGUGACUCUUUUACUAACUUUGAUGAGGCUAAAUUCCAU